AUGAAGUUUUCCAUCUACAACGGCAAGAAGAAGCAAAUCAUGUUCGUCAAAAUCUUGGCUCUCUCGAUUGUUGUUCUCGUGUUGGUUGGACAAGUUGACACUACAGGAGCGAAGAAUGUUGGUUUGGGGAAUCACAUUUUGAAGGAAGGAAAGGUGAAUCUUGCUGCGGGCUCAACUGUCGUGGCCACUAAAGAAGACAUUGAACAAUAUAAAGCUAAGUUUCCUGAUGCUUGCGAUGUUGAUUUUGACAGCGAAGGGAAUAUUGUUCUUCACUACAAAAGUCAAGGUGCGACAAAGGACAAAGGCUGUACGGUGGAUCUUCUAACAAAAUUGAAGAAUGAAAUUGUUUUCAACGCCAGCUUGAGCCAUUCUACGGAACUUGAUAAAUGUCUGAUUGAUCAUAAUGAGAACACAUUGCCUUUUGCCUACAGCUUGCUAAACGAAGAAAUCAGUCAAUUCCAUGAUGGCCCGAUUGUCAAUAUGAGUAGCAACUGUUGUGGUAGUCCUUGUGUCGAAAGAACGGGCCUUGAACUCUCAUGGUGGUUAAAUAGAAAUAAGAAAGAAAGAGAGCUUGUGUUAGAUGCAAAUCCAAUUGGUGUGGGAAAAAUGAACGAAACUUCUCAAGAAAUGAAAAGGGUGGAAGAGCAAAAAGAGUACCCGACAGUUGUGAUAUCAUCUGAAUCUCCAAGAUUUAAGAUUCACUUUCCGGUGGAGAAAGAGAAAAAGUCUUACGGUAAUUCUUGCGUUGGAAUAGAGUGGGAGAAAUUCAUCAAUGAGAAAAUUCUCACGCCUAUCACAUGGGAAAUCGACAGUACAAGUCCAGAUCCAACAAAGAAUCGUUUAUUGGUUUUUCAUCUUCUCCCUCAACGUGCAUCGAGAAAUAGAAAGUGGUUGAACGAAUCAAUGGGAUUUGAAGUAGGAGGAAAUCUGCCGCAAGAACGCAAGUGUGAUGACUUAACCAUCAAAUUCUCGAAGAGCAACUACACAUUGCUGACUGGUUCUUCUCAUGAUAUAACAAAGCCACCAGAUGAAUUGCAGCCUACAGGUACCAGUAAUGAUCCAUCAAAUAAUAAUCAAAUCUCAUAA